AGCGGGGGAAGGGCAAUCCUCGAGCCAACCCCUCAGUCCCGGGGGAGCGAAAUUACUUCCGGGGUGGUACCAAGAAGCCGUAGCAGCGGAAGUGACGUAAGCGCGCGCCGGUGGCGGAAUGGAGGCCCAGCAACCGCACCAGCAGCUGAGGAACUUGCGGGACUUCCUGUUGGUCUACAAUCGGAUGACGGAACUCUGUUUCCAACGCUGCGUGCCCAGCCUGCUCCACCGAGCUCUGGAUGCUGAGGAGGAGGCCUGUCUGCAUAGCUGCGCUGGGAAACUGAUCCAUUCCAACCACCGCCUCAUGGCCGCUUACGUGCAGCUCAUGCCUGCCCUGGUACACCGCCGCAUCGCAGAUUACGAGGCUGCCUCCGCCGGCCCAGGUGUUACUGCUGAACAGACUGGAACUUCGGCACCAGGCAGCUAGCCAUACCCAGCCCCAGGAAGGGAGGCCCCGGAUGGACCCUCAGAUUGAAGGAGCCCGGGGACCUUGAGCUGCGUGCAGCCUGUAGAAAGUAAGGGUUGCUUGAGAGCAGGGUACUGUUGCUCCUUUUUCUGGAGCCAUUAAAACCCGCUUUUAUUCAGUUUGGUGUAUAUUCUGGGCAGGGAAGCUUUGCCCAUCUUACUGGCUCUAUCCUUUAUCUUGUCAUUUAGUGCAUUUCCUGGCUUUAAUCCUGACAGUGGAGAAAUUGCCUUAUAUGUGUAGAAGGAACACCUCAGCACUCCUAGGCAACUGAUUAAAGCAAGGUCGGUGGGUACAAUUUUAAGUUUGGUAAUAGCAACAGGAAGUUGUUUCCUGCCCAGGUGACAGAGAAAAUGGGGGCUCUGUCUAGCUGUCCUUUGCUUAAAUCUGACUUAUGUAGCUCACUUGUGAGCCAGGUAUGCUUUCAUUCAUAAGUAUUCUUUCAUGGACUGUGUUUUACAAGGAGGAGGUUCUGUCAUUUAAGGGAAGGAGGAGAUACCUACAACAGAUCAAGAAAUCACAGGGCUUUUUGACGCCAUUUCCUAGAAAAUCAGUAGUCCCAGAGAUGAAACCUGUAGGAAUUCUGGGAUACUCUGGAACUUCAACCAUUUCCCCAAGUUGUUACUAUCUUACUAUUUUCUGUCUUCCCAGGAUAAGCAGUAAAUUCUUUAAAAAAAGAAAGUAUGUAUGCUUGUUUCAGGGACAGUUGGGAAAAAUUGGGGGUCCAUAUUCUGCAGUAGUCAGACUUGAGGGAGAGAAACCAAAGGGAGCAGUAGAUGGUGGUGAUUAUGGAAAACAGGUAUCAGGAAAAAUCUUUGGACUUCUGUAAUGUUACUCUUGAUGUCUCACUGCUUGUCUAUAACCUUCUAAUUCCAGCUUUUUCAUUCUCUACCCCACAUUAUUCCCGCUGAGCCUGUUUUGUUAUUUCUAAUUCCAGUCCAUUCUUUCUCCAUUUUUGCAUCUUAUUUACUGAUCAUAUUCCUUCUGCUUUGUUUAUUGAACCAUUCCUUCACUACCGUUCUUUGGUUUUAUUGGAGCUUUCAGGCCAUUGCUUCUAUCUUCUCUCCAUUAAUACCUUCCUGUCUUUAGAUUCCUAUCCAGCUUAAAUUCUAAUCAUUAUCUUGGAAUAGGCUAAAUUUCCUUGUCUCUCAUCUCUUUGUUAGACUCUUAGAUAAAAUGAAACAUUAGUGCCUACAUUUGGACAUCUAAAAGCCACCCAAAGAAAUUAUUAUGGAGUAGGUUUAUAUUUUAUGAAUCCAUGGUUACCAACUUCAAAUAGAGUCUCAGCCCUUGUAGUCACACUAGAUUUUUCUGGUAGUCCUUCCUGUUCCCUGCAAUGAGUAUUUCAAACCAAUAUUCUCAGGCUUUUUAUUACCCCACCAUUCUCUUCACUUUCUGCAGGUGACCUUAUUUCUUCAUAGGCAAAAGUAGAAGCUACCAGUUGGGAGCUUCCAUAAUACUUCACAGCCAGACUUGGUAACCCAUCUACAUAUGCAUCAUUUUCUCCUCUUUCCCUCCUGCCUAAACACAGCAAGCAUCCCUCUGGGGUCAGUGUCUUCCUGUGCUCUCAGUUCUUCUAGUCCUUCCUUAUUUGUAAAUCUCUGACAUUUGCCCAACUUUAAAUUCUUACCAGUGUUUUAAAAAUGCUAAAGGCUCCCCUGUUAGGAUAAACCACUCUGCCUCAUUUCCCCUCCAGCUGCCAUCCUAUUUUUUUUUCCACAGCUGAACUUCUCAAAAUAGCUGGAUACUUUGGCCCUCUCCAUUCCCAUUCCUCCUCCCAGUCUGUUUUGACUUCUACAACCUUUACAUUUGUAGAAGUUUGACUUCUACAAACAUCACGUUUCCUAUUGAAAUAGUUUGUACAGCAGUCACCCUAGUUCACCAGGUGAUUUUCAUAUCCCUGAAUCCAGUGGUUAAUUCCUAGUCAGCUUACUUCACUUCUCAGUAGCAUCUGAUGCCUUUGACUAUUUCCUCAUCAUAGACAGUCUUUCACUGUUGCCUGUGAUUCCACAUAGGGUUUUACUACUAAUACCCUUGAAGCUUCUUAGCCUCCUUCGCAUACUCACAUGCCUCCAUCCUUUAAAUCUCAAAGUUUCUCUGGGUCCUGUGUUUCUUGGUCUAAUUUUCCUAGGAUUGUUUUGUCCCUACUUUGAGCUUUAGUUACUGAUGACUCCCAGGUCUUUCCACUGAGCUACAUGACUGAUAUUCCACUUAUGUGUCUCAAAAACAUCUCCAACUCAACAUAUUUCUUCAUAAACUUUCCUCCUGUGCCUACCACUCAUGCAGUUAGAGAAGCUAGAAACCUCACUCAUCCCUUCAUUCAGUUGUCAAAUCCUAUCCGUUUACAUUUCUAAAUACCCUUUGGUUCUUUCUGCUUCUCUCCAUCUUCAUAGUUUUCCACCAGGAUUAUUGCAAUUGUUGCUUUACCCUAUAUCUACGUUUGUACCCCUCCAAUCUGUUCUCCAUUCACCUGCCAGAAAACAAACUGGUGCCUAAAACUUUGCACUAGAUUCCCAUUCUUACUAGGAUAAAAACUGACAUCCUACACAUAACCUAUAAGGUCCUGCAAAAUCUAUCCCUGCCUACCUCAGCUUUAUCUUAUCAGUGACUGUCAAAUACUGAACUAUAAGUACUGUUUGUUGGAUUGAAUUGGAUUGAGCCACACCUUACUCACUCCCUCUGUUCUCUAACCAAACUUGUCUUUCAGCUCCUCUAACUUGCCAUACACUAUGCCAUGUCGGGGCCUUUGUACCUGUUUCUUGGCUUGCUUGCUUUCCCCCUUACUUUACCUCAUUCUUGAGUACUUAUUUCAAAUACUAUUUCCUCAACUCUUCCCAGACUCCAGCUCCCAUAAUUUCCCAUAUUUUUGGCACUUCUAACAGUUGGUCAUUAUAUACCUAAUGAAGUCAGAGUCCGUGUCUGUAUUGUUCACUGUAUCCUUAUCACAGUGUUGUCUGGCAUAUAAUAUGUGCUUAAUAAAUAUCUGUUGAAUGAACAUUG